AUACAGGGAAAUACAUGUUGAUCACGAAGAAAUUAAAAAAAAAAAGAGAGAGAGAAAGUAUGUGAAAUAAACACAGCAGUUAAAAGUGCCGCCGGUACGGAGUACUUUGGGGGGUUUGGUAUACUGGAGACUUGGGGGAAAAAGAAACAUCCAUGAUAGUCAUAGAUCCGUGCAAGCAUUUGGUCAGCAUCGUUGGAUAUGUUUUUUCUUUUCUUUUGCUUUUUUCCCCUUUUUUUUUGUUUUCUUUUUUCUUUCUGUUUAUCGUAUGUUGCGUGAUCGAUUUGAUUGUUAACUUAAAAAGGUGCCCAGUUGACUCGACCAGCGCGCAAAGUAGAAGGGGGAAAAAAAAGAUGAUGAAUGUACAGUUCCCCUGGACGAGGGUUUAAAUGCCCAGAGAGAAGGAGAGACAUUUUUUUU